CAUGCAUUUUUUUGCGUCUAAAAUAAAAUUCAAAAAAAAAUAUCUCUGCAAUAGUGUCUUGAGGACCUCUGAUAUAAUUAUUAACUUGAUCGGAUGAGAUUUAAGGGGUCGUAAUAUGACGCAAUGAAGUCCGAUAGCAAAAAAAUAGUUUUCGAUAAAAAACGCAUUUUGUACACAGGUCACUUUUUUUCAAAAAUGCAAAAAAAUGCGUGACUUUCAGCAUUUCUGGCAUAUCUGGAGAAGGAAAGCAUAUUUUUUGAAAAGAAAAAAAAUUAACCUGAGAUAGGGUUUCAAGUAUCUGUGGUCAAAUUUCGAGCUCGAUCGGACCAUUUUUUCGAGGGGUCGUAAUGUGACUGGAUGAAAACCAAAGUUUUCUAGAAAACCCAUAGAAGAACAUGUCACAAAAUUCUGUGCAAAAAUACAUCGAUUUUCUUUUUCGAUGUUCUAUCUCUGUUAUAAAUUUUACCCCAAUCCGACAUCGGCGUCCCCCGUUUCCAAGAGGGCCAAAAAAGAGGAGGAGAGUACCCUUAAUUAUCUAAUUAUGCGUGUGUUUUUUCUAACUGAUUGAUAUUUCUUUCACGACUCUUCAACCAACCCAUAUAAUAUAAAAAAGCUUGGUAUUCUUUAAUAAGAUAAAGAGAUAAGAUAGUGAGCCAUCUGAUAAUAAGUGGUAUGACAUUUAAUUAGUAAUUAUGUUGUAGGGUUUUAUUCCUUUUUAAUUAUUAAAUGAUCAUAGAAAAAAGGUAUCUUUUAAUUUUCAUACAAUCUCAAUGUUUACUCAACGGAGUGUACUGAAACAGUGCAUAAGAUAAAAAAGCUUUUGUAAUUCUUAUCAGUGAAGAAAAAAAGAAUGUUUUUUCUCACUAUAUAUACGACGCAUGUCUUACUUUGAAUUCUUCAACUACAGUGAGAGCUAUAUGAUAUUAAUCUAAAGGCAACUAUAAGUUGUAAUUUAUCUAUAGGCGGUAGUAGUGAUUCCGUUUUUUUUGAAAUUUUAAAAAAUGAGACUUUUUUCUGAACACAUAGAUUUAUCGCUUUUGUGUGUUUUUUAGACAAAGAAUGAUAUUACCAAAGAAAUUCAUUUAUGAUAUUUUACCAAAAUCGCCCGUAGCAUUUAUCGGAACUCUUGUUGAUAUUGUUGAUCAUAAUCAAACAGGUUCAUUACAUUCCUAUGAUUUAACAUUUGAAAAUAUACAAUUACUACGCGGAAAUAUUGUUCAAGAAAAAGCAUUUUUGUACCGAAAACAAAGUCAUCCAAUAACAGAACAAAAUGAUGAACAACGAAAAUUAGAAUUAAAGCGUGAAUAUCUUGCCUGUUUAAAUAAUUCAACCACAAUUCAUUCAUUAUUUGAAAUUGAUUUUAUUAACGAUGCAGCAGAACUGGUACAAAUUGCAGGAUUACCCGUUGGUUGGUCAAAACAAACAGACGAAUAUUUCUCACCUUGGAAAAAUCAUCAUCGAAAAUGGUGGAGCUCAUCAUCAGAUACGUUUAAAAAUGUUCCAAAAUGUAAUGAUUGUCAACGACCAGCACUGACAACGGGUGAUAGUAUUACUAUGUCAGUAAAACGAGUAGAUAAUAAAUCCCAAUUUGAAUUAACUGUUACAAACACUAGUGAUAAACCUGUUCAGAUUCCAGCAUUAGUUUGUGAUAAACAAUCCAAAAUAAUACUAUGGCAUGAUUCAAUAUUUGUUAUGUCAAAUCUAAAUAAUGAUCAACAUUUUUUUCCUAAGACAAACGAAUCAGACGAAGUAGAAUGUGUUGAACUUGGUCCAUAUCAAAGUAUAAGUAUAAUAUUGGACAUAACAAUGCUCAACAAUUUGAUUUUAGAACAGGAUGAUACAGAUAUAAGUUUAAUCUUUUGUUUAGGUGAAAAAUCAGCGGAAAUUAAUUUAUAA